CGCUUGUGCCGCUAACAUUCCACACCACUAUAAGGUUAAAUUGUCAAGGCUCAAGACUAAAGAGAAGGGCCAGAAGGCGAACAUUGGACUCGAGUAGAACUACCUACAUUAACGAAGAGCAAAGAGGGAAAAGUAAAGCAGAUAAACAUCAGCAGCAGCGAGAUGGGAGUGGAGAAACAAGUGCUCCGAGCCGGAAAUGGUCCCAAACCCGUUGCCGGUCAGAGCGUUACCGUACACUGUACCGGAUUCGGUUGUUCCCAUCUCCAUCUCUAUUGUAAAAAUGGUGACCUCUCUCAAAAGUUCUGGAGCACAAAAGAUCCUGGGCAGAAGCCUUUCACAUUUAAAAUCGGCCAAGGUUCUGUUAUAAAAGGAUGGGAUGAAGGUGUUAUGGGAAUGCAAAUUGGUGAAGUUGCUCGUCUCCAGUGUUCUCCUGACUAUGCAUAUGGUCCUAGUGGAUUUCCAGCAUGGGGAAUUCAGCCGAAUUCAGUUUUGGUCUUUGAGAUUGAAGUUCUAAGUGUGCAGUAACCACUAUGAUGGAGUUGGUAACCAUCUUAAAUGUCUCCUAUAUACUCUUGAUGCCAUCUAUCAUAUAUUUACAUGCUGCUCUUUUCAUGGACGUGUUUUGAACUAUGGUAUCCAUAGUAAGAAUUGUCUUGGCAGUUUUAAAUCGUACUAAAAUUAUAACUUUGGAUGAAAAAGAUGUGAUUGUUGUUUAAAGAUGUGAAUUUGUGCUUA